AUGGUGGAUCACCACACCAUGCUGGAGGCCUUCUGGCACUGGUACCGCGAGGAGCUGAGGCUCCGCGGCUGGUGCCCCGGCAACUGGAAGUGGAUCAUCCCGCCCUUGGCGGCCAGCUCUGUGAAGGCCUACACGGGCUUGAGCAAGAUGAAGGAGUACACCCUGAAGCCCAUGUACAUCGCGGGUCCCGGCUGGCGCUCUUUUGCCAGAGAGCUCCCGGAGCCUUCCCCCACAAAGGCGAGGAAGCAGCUGGGCGCGGCCCUCUUCGCCUUGUAUAUCUGCGGCAAGAUCCGGCGCAAGCUGCGCAAGAUGAGAAGGCACUUGCUUGCGGUGUAUGCCUCCGCCAACGGCACCACGAAGAGGUUUGCGGAUCUGGCAUGCGUGGGCCUCUCCAGGUUUGCCGUGGUAAAGCUGAUGGAUGCUGAGACGAUCAGCAGCUCCACUCCUGCCGCUUUCACGGAGCAGCUGGCGAGAGCCGACGGGCUCCUGGUUUUGACCCCAUCUUACGGUCAAGGCGACAUUCCCGCGGAGGCCUGCGGCUUCUACCAGCUCCUGCAAGGGCUCAGCUUGGCCAGGACGCCUUAUGCCGUCCUUGGCUUCGGCAACAGCGACUUCGCCGACUUCUGCGGGGCCGCGGCGAAGUUCGACGCGCUUCUGGCGCAGCAGGGCGGCCAGCAGCUGUGCCCAGUGGUCAGAUGCGAUGAGCUCCGGGAUCGCCAAGCGACUUUCGACCAGGGGCUGAUCAAAGUGGCGAGAGCCAUCGGCAUGGCCACGGGCGACGCGGGAAGAAUCGAGAAGGCGCUGGGGCCUUUGCAGCCCAUGACGCGGUGCAAAGUGACACUUUGCUUUGGCAAAGCUUCGGAGACGUUGCAAGCCGAGGGUCUUUCCCGGGAGAGAUUCGUUGAGGCGGUGGGCGUGCAGGUCCACCCCAUGGAAGGGGAUGCUUCUCAGUGGGCCUCGAGCUGUGCGCCUGGAAAGGCCCUGGUACGGCUGCAACUGCGGAGCUCGGUGCCGUACAAGCCCGGGGACCACUUGGCGGUGGUUCCGCGGGGUCAGCAGUUUGCGGGGGUUGUUGAGAGCAUUUGCCGGGCCCUACGAGUUCGCCCGGAUGAGGUCUUCGUGGCGUAUUGUGAGGACCUGAACAAAGAGAAGCAUCCUCUGCUCCAGCAGAUCCAGCACAAGCGCACGACCAUGCGCAGUGUUCUGAGUCAGGCUGCGCUGGCCGAGUCUUUAUCGAGCUCGGCCUGCAGAGCGCUGAGCCACUUUGCCAACGGUACAGACAAGAAGCGCUUGGAGUCCCAGCCCGUGGCCAGGGAGUUGCGCUGGGCCUUUGUCUUUGAGACUUUUCCGAGCCUUCGGGGUCAGGUGCCCCUGGAAGACUUUCUGCUGCUGCUGCCUGCGAGCCGCGCCCGCAUCUACUCCAUUGCGUCGAGCUCUUAUUUGGUGCCGCGCGGCGAGGUGCAUCUCCUGGUCUCCAGAAGCAUCUCGGAGCACGGCAAGGGCGUGGCCAGCGAUGACUUGACCACGUUGACGCCGGAAUCCAGCUUCAUGGUCCAAGUGAGAACUUGUCGCAGCUUCCACUUGCCGGGUGACCCGCGGGCGCCCCUGCUGCUUGUGGCCGGCGGCUCGGGUCUGGCGCCCUUUCGGGGCUUUUGGCAGGAGCGCAUGAAGCUGGCGCAGCAAGGCUCAACUUUAGGGCCUGCAGUGCUGAUCUACGGCUGCCGCUAUGUGCCCGUGUGGCUGCAGGAGGAGCUGACGGCAGCCAGGCAGAGCGGAGCAUUGAGCUGCGUCAUGUAUGCGGUGUCUUCUGCUUCACCGAAGGUCUACGUGCAGGACCUAAUCCGGCGGCACCGGCACCAGCUUGCCCAGUUCGUCGACCAUUCUCACUGUGAGGUCUACUUGUGUGGGGGUGCCCGCAUUGUGCUUGCAGCCACUCGCGCGUUUGAAGAUGGAGCUGCAGCGAAAGUGCAGGCGAUCCAGAAGGAUGGCCGGUGGCAUUCCGAAGUCUUCCAUUGA